CUCCAGCAUGGGCAGCCGGCGGCUGAGCGCGGGGCCGGCGGCCGCGCAGGCGGACGGGGCUCGGCUCCCCAAGCCCGAGAGCGCCUGGAGGCCGCCCCGGCGGGAGGGCUCGGCCGCCGCGGUGGAGGAGGAGGACGAAGACGAGGACGUGGUGGUGGAGGUGGAAGAAGAGGAGGAGGAGGAGGAAGGCGGCUUGGGGAGCCCACCACCGGCGCUGAGCGCCCACGGCAAGGGCCCCCUCCGGGCGAGCCUCAAGGCAACCAGCAUCAAGCGUGAAAUGACCUUCCCUGCAUUUCAACAGGAGGAUGUAAAAACUGACAUCAGUCAAAAACUGCCAGACCAACAGUUUCUCCUGUUCACCACGAAGGAGGAAGAUCUAAAAACAGCAGAGACCAAAAAAACAAGCAGAGUUCAUGAAUAUGAAAAGGAAAACACUCGUUCUGUUUGUCUUCUGGAACAGAAGCGCAAGGUUGUUUCUUCAAACAUUGAUGUGCCUCCAGCAAGAAAAUCUCCGGAAGAAUUGGACAUGGAUAAAGUGACAGCAGCCAUGGUACUGACCAGUUUAUCCACCAGCCCUUUGGUUCGCAGCCCUCCCAUCCGGCCCAACGAAUCCCUAAACGGAUCUUGGAAAGAAGGAGGAUUUGUGCCUUCUAGUACCAGCAGCAGUGGAUACUGGAGCUGGAAUGCUCCCAGUGACCAGUCCAACCCAUCCACCCCAUCUCCACCUCUGUCAGCUGACAGCUUUAAAGCUUUUCGAACACCUUCCCAGCCAGAUGAUGGCAUUGAUGAAGCUGAAACAAGCAACCUUCUCUUUGAUGAACCCAUCCCUAGGAAGAGGAAGAACUCAAUGAAGGUGAUGUUCAAAUGCCUGUGGAAAAACUGUGGAAAGGUACUGAGCACAGCUGCAGGGAUUCAGAAACACAUACGGACCAUCCACCUCGGACGCGUAGGAGAAUCUGACUACAGUGACGGAGAGGAGGAUUUUUACUACACAGAAAUCAGGCUCAACACGGACUCAGUAGCUGAUGGCCUAAGCAGCCUUUCACCAGUCUCUCCAUCUUUAGCAUCUCCUCCUUCCUUUCCCACCCAAGACGCAAUCCGUCCUGAAACUUCCUGUGCCAAAACUGAGACUAAAUUGAUGACACCUCUGAGCCGCUCAGCUCCUACCAACCUCUACCUCGUACACACGGACCAUGCUUACCAGGCCACUCCUCCAGUGAACAUUCCAGGGUCAACUAAAUUCACUCCCAAUGGCAGUAGCUUUAGCAUCUCUUGGCAGUCGCCUCCAGUUACCUUCACCGGCAUCCCAGUCUCACCAACUCACAAUCGUCCUGCCGGGAGUGGAGAGCAGAAGCAGUCCCACACAGUUCUUUCAUCACCACCCAGAGUAGCGUUUGGAUUGAGGAAGCCAAGAGGGGAGGGGAAGAAGUGUCGGAAGGUCUAUGGGAUGGAGAACAGAGAUAUGUGGUGCACUGCCUGCCGGUGGAAGAAGGCCUGCCAGAGGUUCAUCGACUGAAGAGCAAAGUUAUGCAGAGGAUUUAGGGAUGGGGAAGGACAACGACAGGACCAGAUUGCUACACCUGCACUGUAUCACUUCCCGUUUCCCUCCAGUGAUGUGGUGUUGGGAUUUUUGUUUUAUUAUUUUUUGAUUUGUUGGUUGUUUUGGUUUUUUUUUUAACAAAGAGAGCUUUGUAUUUCCAAGUGAAGCACUUGUAGCCAAGGAGAAGCACUAAUUAAAACCUGUGUGGAGCAAUAGAGCAAAAAAAAGUAAAAAUAAAAAGCAAAACCAAGAACACACAACAAAAUUCUGUCUUACGAAGUAUUGACACCGGAGCAGCUAUCAGUGUUUUUCUGUGUUGGUUUUUAAAAAAAAAAAGGAAAAGUGAAUUCCUUGCUAACUCUCUGAACUAUUUGCUCCUUUGGGUUGUUUUUAACCAUUGCAGUCUCUUUGCUGCCAACAUCUGUAUUUGCUAAACUGGACAUUUUUUCUUUUCCUGAAACGAAGAUCUCUUUUUGAAAGCUUUCUAAUAAACACUUCAGAGUCAUAUAAGCUACAGUUUACUCAACAAAAGCUGUAACUAAGACUGGAGACUGCUAAAUAAUUCUCCUGAUACGAAUGAUCACGAUGAUAUUAUAUUUUUGGAAAGGGGCUGUGGGAAGGAGUUGGGAUUUUUGUUUGUUUCUUUCUAGGAGAAAAGAAAAGGCGGAAUUUUCCUGAAGGACAAACUGCUCCUGGAAGGCUUUUAAACCAUACACAGACCAGCAGAGUGGAAAGGAGUAACUCAUGUACCAAACUGGAUUUCGAGCCUUUGGAGGAAGAGAAGCAGCAAUGGACAGUCACCAGCACAUCCGUCACUGCCAAAGUGGAGGGAAGAAAUGCAAUGACGGUUGAUGGAAAUCCGUAAGAAUACAAUGGGGGUCCGCUGGCUUUUCUUACUGCUCUUCCUGUUCAUAGGGAGGAGCAGCAGCUGGACCAGCACACGCGUUGCUGCGGUAGGCCUGUAAAGAGCUGGGAGAUGCACUAGCAUUCCAUGUAGUACCUGUUCAGGGACACGAUCCAGUUCUGCCCUUGCUUCCUUUUCUCGUAUUUGAGAGAUGGUGAAGAUAAUGGUUUGCUCAGCUUUGGUUUUUUUUUCUACAUAUUAAAGUUGCUAAAAUUUAUUUUGCGCCAAAAAAAAACAAAAAAAAAAAAAAAAAAAAGGUAAAGAAAAUACUACAAAGUCAUCUCAGAAAAAGAAGUACAACAGCAAAGGAGCAACAUAUGUAUGGUAAAGGUUCGUUUCUUAGCUCGUUUUGAUAAACGAAGUAAUGGGUUUCUAUACUUGCAGAUGUUGGAAAGAUUGGAUACUUCCAUGUCUCUGUCCAUUAGGAAGUACACCUGAGUGUGGGAAGCUGUGUUCUGUCUCAACUUACAUGGAAUUGCCAUUAACUGACCAUUAUUUCAUGCAGAAAUAAAAUAAGGAUUUGCUAUGAUAUGAAUGUAUACCAGUAAAUGACACUUGUCUGUUAAACAAAGCAAGACACCUUAAGGGGGAAAAAGAAAAGCGAAACUUUGCUUCUUAUGGAGGCGUAGAGGCCCAACAUUUCUGGUUUUCUUUUCUUCAUACCAUUUGAAAUUAGACCAGAUUCUUUUGUUGUUAAUUAUUUAAUCUGCCUUCUCCUCUCUGAGAUAAGGGACUCUUGAUUAUCCUGACAGCUUUCUAAAAUCUGGUCCAGAGUUGACUUGAUAGCUUUAUUGAGCAUGCUCUGCUGCUUAUGCCUGUGUGAAAGCACAGAACAACAGUGCAGGCAUUGAGAACGUGCACUAGGAAUUGAGGAAAGCAGUACUGAGAGGUGAAGGAUAUAAUAGAAGCUACUGGAGGAUGUCAUCUGGGUUCUUUUUAAACAAGUUAAUUGGGCAAUCAGAUGCAUAAUUUGAGUGUGCUAUUUCUGCAGUUGUUUACAAAUUGUGUAAUUUACAUGCACAAGCAGCAAGAUAUGCUUGCAUGCACGCAAUUUCUUGCUUAUUUGCCUAUUGUGUUCUGUAAGUCAUUUAAGAAAACAACAGGAGGGAGGCUCAAAAACAUAGAUUGAAAUAUAUGCACGUAUGUAUGUGUGUAUCUAUGUAUAUGCACACAUACAUGUAUGUAUAUGUAAAAUCUGGACUCAGAAGGGAGGAGAAAGAUUGGGUAUCCAUAGCCACUGUUCUAACAUUGGUUUUUUCCCAGCAAAAUGUGGGUUUUCUCUGCAUGUUGUGUUGUUUUGGUUUUCUUAGUAAAACACCUCUGGGAAUUCAUAGCUCCAAAUUUCAUCUUUGAACACUUUGUGCAUUUCUGUAGUAAGGCUUACUAGACCUGGGUCUUUCAGAGAUGCUUCUGCUAAUUUGCCCCUAUUUUUACAAGCACUGCUAGACUGAUUAUAAGACAUCUCAUAAUUCAUUUGACUAUCGUAAGACCUUCAGUAUUUGCUUAUAUAUUUGUUCUUCCCCUCCUUUUGUGUUUUGCCUGUUUGCUUUGGAGAAUUUUGUAAAAAUAAUGUAUUAGAAUGUAUGUUAUUUUCUUAAUGUCAUGGCAUGAUGAGAACCUUUCCUGAGGGCACUUUAUGAAUUAUUGUAGUAAGAUUAUUCUUAAUAGAUUUCUGCACAGAAGAUGGGUGGUGUUGUCAGCACAGAUGGCUCUCUGGUACACAUUUCAUACAGAUUACGUAUAGGCACAAGAGCUGCGAGUCAUCAGGUGUGAUAGAGAAGUUUUGUUAAGCUGAGACUAGGAAAUGCUUCAGCCACCAUAAAUUCUGCCAGGACAGAGUUAAACAAUCUGUAUUUUCACACCAUUGGCAAUCAGCAGAGUUUUUAUUGAAUGAGUUUGGUAUCUUUAGGCUGUGGCAUUUCUGGUGCUGCAUCUCGCUUGUGGCCUAGGGUGGCACAGCCUUCGUCUGCCUGAGGCCAUCCCCCAGUGCUUCAGAUCUCAAGUUCAGGUUGAUGCCUGUCCUGGCAUUACCAGGCACCAUGCUUUGUGUCCAAGUUCUGCACAGUUCCUUUUAGAAAGAGUAAAAUCCUUUGUUCCCCAGGGAGGAACUGGCUUGAAAGGCAGCUCGAACCUUGGCUCAUUUCUCAUCAUUGGUACCCACCAUUUUCUGUAAUUUCUGUGUUUGUAGUUUUAUAGGCCUUCAUCUCUGACCUUCCAGAGAAGUCAGGAGGAGUGGCCAGAGUUUGUAAUGCGGUGUUUGUGUGCUGUGGGUGCUUGGGUGUGUGUGUACUUAUGGCAAGAGCUGGGAGCUCUCCCUGAGGUGUAAGGAUGGAAGGAUCUGUGUUAGCAGCGUAGCUAAAUACUGCUGUUGGUGCUGCUUGGAGAAACUGCCCGUGUCAGUGUCCCAGUGGCUAUCAGCAGCAUAGCUCCCACAUUUUUUCUUCAGCUCUCUUGCUUGCACAAAGCUACAUCCCGUGUCAUAGAAUCAUAGAAUGGCCUGGGUUGAAAAGAACCACAAUGAUCAUCCAGUUUCAAUGCCUUGCUGUCUGCAAGGUCGCCAACCAGCAGACCAGGCUGCCCAGAGCCACAUCCAGCCUGGCCUUGAGUGCCUCCAGGGAUUUUUUUUUCUCCGAGCUGAACAAGCCCAGUUCCCUCAGUCUUUCUUCACAGGAGAGAUAAAUGAUCCUAUUUAUUCCAUCCCUAAACAACAACAACAAAAAAAAUCUGGAAAAGAGGUAUUCUAAGAAAUGCAGUUUGAAAAUGUGAUUGUGUUCCACCUGCUUCUCUAUGAAACAGCAGCUACUGGACGUUACAAACUCCAGUCAUCAUCUUCAUAACAUUUGUUUCCAUCCUGAUGUGCCUGAUUCUCUAGUGCCUUGCACAAGUGUAAGGGGUUACACAAGAUGCAAAGUGAGCAAAAACUCUUCCACAAAGCAACGUGCAGCUUUGCACUUGCCUGUGAUCGAUACUGGUCAAGGCAUGAGCUGGACCUACAGGGCCUGUGUGAUUCAGCAGGGCAGAAGGCCAGUCCCUCGAGUUGCUUUGCCCACGUCAGUAGCCUGCUGUGAUCAUUAGCUGUCUGACAAUGCGUGGAUUCCUCACACCAUUCUGUCACCUGCAUCACUCUCUUCGUUCCUUCUCCCCUUCAGCAGGAUAACAGACAGGCAGACAGCAGAAGGCAAAGCCUUCUCAGAAAGUUCUUAGAGGACGUGCAUUUAAGAGCGGAUUCCAGCUCUGUCUUGUCUCAGACGUGGAUUUCCUUGCCCCAGAACACUGGUUUUCAUUUAUCCCCACCCGCAGGACAGGCUGUGGUUUCCUGUCAGUGCUAUGGGCUGGAAGCAGCUGGAGCCACCCAGCCCAGGAUGCAGGGCAGUCAGUCAUGGCUGUUAGCGUGGCAAUGCAAUGUGAUUCCUUCCAUCCUUCCUCUGUAAAUUUGUUGAAAAAUCACCUCAGAACACGGACAUGAAAUGCAAAGAUUGCUGGCUGUAUGUAGAGAUCCAGCAGGUUGCUAGAGAGGCUUGUUCCUGCUCAAAUUGAAGUCUUCUGUAGGGGCGUGCUCUCCUUUUCUUAAAAGCAUUUGAAUCAGGAUAUGUUUGUGAAGUCUCACCUUUAUCUUCUGUUUCCACAUUAUUGCAUCUUCCCUUAGGUGAUGGCACCGGAGUUGAGACCUGCACCAAGCAGUGGGUUCAACCUGUGCCUGACAGGGGUUAGCAGGCGGGUGGUUGGGGGCUGCUGGAAAGCAGCAAUGUGAGAUUUUGGGCUGCUGUACGCACAUGACAGCUUUAUGACACCCUUAGCAAAAUAAUUGGUAGCGCAUUAGCAAAAACCCGAGAACAAGGUCUGCUUCUGAUGGCACCAAGCAACAUUAAAUCCUUGUUGCUCCUAUUCUUGUUUGUAUUAGCAGCAAGAAUUCAUUUGAAAUGUAAGGGAAUGAUGAAUUCAUUGACAAGCCACUGUUCUGCUUUUAUAAUACAUCACUCCAAGAAUAUUUUUCCUUCAUUGUUAAUGGGAGAUACCUAAAAUGCCGUGAGAUAAAUGAAUUAAGCAAUGCCAAUACUACUUCAGCUUCUAAAUUACUUCGGACAGUACACAGUAUUCCACUGUCACAGUAGGGUUUCGAGAUGAAAUCCAAAUUCUUGAUGUGCGUCCUUGUAAGACAUGGUCUCUGAUGUGCUUACGUGUUCAUUUUUAACAUCUUUGCCAAUGGGAAAGGCCAUGAUUUCUAACUUGCAUUUAAAUCCAGUCCUGUUCAAAAAUUUAUGUUUGACCUCAGAGUCUUUAUGCUGCCACGUUAUACCCUGCGGCCAUUCGCAUACAGUGCGUAACGUGCAGGUAAACAGAACUUACUGAACUGUUUGUACACAAUGCCUUGGGAACGCUAGCAGAAAAAGAGAUGGUUAACACAGAUUUCCUCAGGGACCACAGGAAGGCUGCAAAGGCAGGAUGUAGCUUUAUUUGAGCGGUAGAUGGGUGAGAAUUUGAUUAUUUCUUUUUUGUAUUCUAGGCAGAUUUAAAGAGCAAUAUGUCGCUACUUGAAUCAUUAAACUUGGAAGAAAGCACUAAUUGGUGAACGUGAUCUCACUUAACACUAUCGCUUAUGAAGCUCUAAAUACAAAACAGACAUUUUAGCUGUUAGAAAAAUGUAGGAAAUGAGCUUGAACCGUAAUCUAAAUAUAGUACAAACCUAUACAUUUGUAUAAAUAUUUUAGAACAUGCUGUAAAUAUAAAGGGUUCUUGUUUAUAUGAUUGCUUGAUUGAAGCGUACUUUGUUUAUAAUUGAACUACUUCCUACCAAUUUAUUUCAACAAGCAAAAAAAAAAAGAACAUGCUAACAUUAAACCCCACAGGGUUUUUUGCAUUGCAGUAGGAAUGUGAGAAAAAAGAAACGUUGUAACUGUAUAUUUUACCAUAUGAAAGCAUUUCUGAGAUAGGUAAGAGGUGUCUAUUAUUUGCCAUCAAGUGGCAGGGAACUUACCUGAGCACAUCAGGAAGAAGUGUGUGAGCUGCAUGAAGGUGUUGUGUACAGUGCCACCCACCUGAAUUGUGGUGCACACAGCACUCCUGGAGGCACAGGGCUCUGAGGACAUCAGGAAAUAAGGAAGUUCACCUAAAACACGAGGAUAUUGUGCUUUUAAGACACAAAUGAUGUUGUCCCUGUGUAAUUUUCUAGUGCUAAAGAUCAUCAGUACUUUUACUGCAAUGGAAAUUGCAGCCUUAUUAGUAAGGUGCAAUACUUACGAAGGGCUAAACUGUGGAAACAAGUGGUGUGUGGAUACAUCACUGCCAAAUGUGCACUCCUGUAAAACUAGUUUCUUUAGCACUGGGAUGUAAGUACCUCUCUGAAAUUAUCAUGUUGGUAUGAUUUUGUAACCAUUGAUUGUAAGUUAUGAAACAGAGUUUGGGAUUUCAGAAGAACCAAAAGGAAGAGGGGAAGCUGUAAAUGACAUAGAAUAGUGGUACGUUGUCUUACUUGGCAGAAGUAGCUGUGACACCUUUACAAAGCUGUACACAUUCUGGAUUACUGAAAAAAAAAUAAUACCCUUGGUUACAAAAAUAGUUUAACCUGAAUGCAAUUUGGAAAUUGCAGUAAUGUCAAGAAAAUACCUUCUUCUGAGUAAAUUUUGCUUCAUUUCUUGCCUAUUAUUAUCAGGCUUUAUUUGCUCACAAUCAGUGCUCUGAUUGUGAAGAUAUUCCCCUACUAGCAAUACAUGGCUUGAAAUCAUGUUCAUUUGAAAGUACCUUUUGAAAUGGAGAGAUUUCUUCCUUUACUACCCCGUAUAAUAAUGAUUUGUGCUGUCUUGAGUAGAGAGUCCAUCAAGCAAAUAGAUUUGUACAAAAAGAUUACUUUGUAGUUCUGUUAUGGAAAGAAUGGGAAUGACCAAAUGGAAGGGCUGCUCACCUCGUUCCAGGAGAAUAUCUUCUCUCCAUCCGCACUGUGAGGUCCACAGAAUACAGGGUGCCCAGUGUGGUGCAUCCUGGGCUUUUGCUGUACACUAAAGACAUACUGCUGUUUUUCCAUUGCUUACUGCUUUUGUCAUCUUCUCAGAAUCCAUCUUUUAGUGAAAGAUUGGAACAGUUCCAUCUGCUGAACAGGAGGGGUUUGUUCUUUUCUUCUGACUUCCUCCAGUAAGGGGCCAGAGGACAAGCUGAGAUAGAGACAUCAGCAACAGACUUGAGCCUGGAGGGAAGACGUGAAACAAAAUUGCUCAGAGAAAGAAAGUAGAAGGAAUCUUGUGUGUUGGCUGUUUCUACAUAUGACUGAUGCCUGUGGCUCCAGAAUAAGGUCGCACAGAGGAAACCUUGUAGCACAAUCCUCAUUCAGAUGCUGAAGCACUUUUUCCUCCCUCGUCAUGCAAACAGUUCAGCAGGAAUUACUUCUAAUUAGUCUGAGGAGGAGAGGAAGAGCAGAAGGUGUUGUUGUAAGGAGGGCACCUUGUGAAGCCUGCGUGAACCCUGCCUGUAGCCAGGGUCCUGCACUGCAUCUCUCAUCCAGCAUGAGUCCAAAGCAGUCAGUUACAGAUGUCUCUUUUGAUUUCAUUUACAAGUCUGGUAAGACAUCUUGUUGCACAAUAAGAGCAAAAUGCACUGUAAGGAACUGAGCUUGAUGCAUUCUGUUUUUUUCUCAGGAGAGCUCUGUGGAUAACUUCAAUGACCAGGACUGCUCCUGUGGGUGGCAGCUCUAGAGAAGAGGCAGUGGAUUUUCCUCCAUGCGAUUGUUCCCACUGGCACUGGGACUUACAGACCUGUGUGUCUCCCCUUCUGAGUGCUGGAAAUGAGAAAUGUGCAAUCAGGCUUUGUGAGAGGGGUAGAUGUGUACCUAGAGAUGUGCUCACUGCUGCUAGGCCUUGGUGGCCUUUCCAGUGAUACCAGAGUGACUGUAGGUUGGAUGUGUCAUUUCGGGGUGGAUUUAAGAGCUGCUUAGCACGUGGUGUUCAGUGUGCCAUGCAUCCCACUACUGCCAGGCGUGGGAAGGAGGUUUCUCAGAGCAGGAUCUAAGAUGGCUGUCAGCUGUGGCCAGUCACGUAACCUGGGCCACCCGAUGGGAAGUCACCCCGUGCUCUGUAGAGAAAUUAAUGUUCUUCUUUUCAGAGAGUGAAAUGGGACUGCCCUGGUUUUGCCUAGCACUGCCAUUUCCUGCCUCAGCUGUGGGCUCAGUAGGGGCCUGGACACCAAACCCCUACAGCUGCACUGGCACCUGCUCACUCAGAGCUCCUGCAGUACUAUUAAAACAGCAUUGAUUUUGAUAUGAAAAUGAUUUUGAAGGGAAAGAAACAGGAGUUACAUCAAUAAUCCUAUAUCCCAUGAGCCAUAAUGUUAAGCGUGGCAUGAUUUUGCUAAGCAGAUACUGGAGGACUAAUGAACAUGAAGAGCAACCUGUGGGGACCUCAGUCCUGCCCUGACCACAGGUACACCCUGGAGCCAAGCUGAUGUUAUUUGGGUUAAAUGGGGAAGUGCUCUCUUUCUCUCUGUAGAUCUCUGGGCCACAGAGAAGCAGGAUACGUUUCUUGUCCUGGUAGUGGAACUUUCCUAAAUAGAAAGACCCAUCUCUUCUUGCAGAUUUUUGGUCUCUGGAGUACAGUGUCAGUAGGACGGUGGUGGGGAGUGCUGGGGCCUGGUGGGGAAGGGUUCAUGAUGUACUUGGAGAAGGAGAAAAUCAAUUGCACUAUGAUUAUUUACACUGUGUGAAAAAAAAGCAAUUAUACUUCCUAGUCAUCUGCUAUUUAUAUUUUAUAUUUUAGAAGUAUUUCUAGCUAUAAGUCUGUAGAAAAGCAAGAGCCCAGUUACCCGGUGUUAAUGAAUACAGAACUUCUCAUACACGCUGCUUGCAUAAGACAACAGUAUCCAUGCAUCCUUCUGUCUCUUUUCAGUCAUGAAAGGGAAGUACCUGCCUGCAUAUACUGGUUUUCCUUUGAGUCCUGUCAAAUAUUGUUUUAGAGAGUAUAAAGUAAAUUGAAGUUCCUUUUCUGCUUUAUUUUUAGAAUCAGAGCAUCUUCUCUUACAGUGUAAAUUUACUUUUGUGGAGCUCUAAUGUGCUCUGCAUUGCACUUUAUAUAUUUGUCACUUGUUGGGCCAUUUAUUUUUGAUAUACAAAACAAUAAAAUUUUUGUUACUCUAGUUUUACCUAGAAAAUAACCAUGAAACUAAGAUGUUUUUAUAAAAAUGCAAGUUCCAUAAAAUGUAGCAAAUGAACUAUUUAGAUUGGAAAUGUUUUUAAUGAUAGCGCUGAGAAAUAUUAUAGCCUCUGAAAUGAUUUACUAUUUAGGAAAUUCAAUAUAUUUAUGGAUAAAAUGAGUAUCAUAAUAUGAGUAUCCACUGGAGUAUCAGUCAAUGGAGUAUGAAUUAAACAGGAGACAAAGCUGGAGCCGUUGGAUUUGCUCAUAUAAAAGACUUGUAUUAGUUCAACUGAGAUGAGCCUGAGAUGGCCCUUGGCUCUGCAGGGCUGCACUCAUGCCAGUAUGACUGACUACCAUAAGAAGCCAAGAUGCUGUUUCUGCUUGUUUUUUUCUGGCUUUAUCCCCUCCAGCUUGGGGAACCAGCGUCCUAAAGACAAUCUUCUUGUUCCUAAGUGCACUAAUGAAGAACUCGUCUUCCCCAGAAUUUUGUUGUCAAGCAUGGGACCCUGACACUGUCCACAUGUAGGUUAAUAUGAGUGCCAGUUUCACUGCUUUAAAUGGAAACCAAUUUCUCUGCCGCUGCACAGAAUCUCUUGAAAUUUUGUGGAGUAUGCUGAAAGAAAAAGACAUUUGCACUUUGUCCAAACUGCGUUUGCUCCAAAUCACAGCUGGUACUGUGUGUUCCUGCGGCACCCAUCCUGCUGUGAUGCCCCCUCCUUCACGUGGUGAAGCACUCUCCCUAGCUGUACACACAGGUUCUCUGUGGAGAGAUGGAAAUCCCCGUGAAAGCUCCUUGUCAGCCAUGCAGCAGAGUCCCUAUCCCUCUUCAGAGCCUUCAGACGCUCUGCUUUCUCAUUUCUGCACCCAUAGGUGCCAGCAGAAGUGAAUGGCUCAACCUCACAGUGUGAAGACAGUCCCAGCUUGAGUUGCGAAUGCAUCACCUUGCCGUUGUUUCACACAGCCUCACCUUCACCUACAAAAGAUAAGCAGGGCCAAGGGACUCUGACGGAUGGUGGUUCUUCAGGCAGCGCACACAGCUCUGCUGCCCAGCUGCUUUCUGCAUUCUUGGAUGUGCUUGAAGGAAAGUUGAAAAGAGAGGAGACUUUUGCAAGUAGCUGAUACUGGCAAUCUCAUUUGAUCCUGCCAGUCUGAGGCAGUGGCACAGAUGUAGGUUCUUCCACUGCUGGCUGCUUGUACAUGGCUAAACAUCAGCCAGCACACACUGUUUCUUAAGCUGAAACCCCUCUCAGAACAGGAAAAUGCCACCAUGAAGACCUUUGUUAUCUCCCUCCCUGCCUUCUUGUUGCACUGGCAGCAGGAGAAAAGUGCAGAAAUCAUAGGAAUCUGGCCAUAACUCAUCCAAAUGCCUUUGCACUGCCACAGGCAUUAGAUGAAAAACUCGGGGCAUCCAAAAUUUCUCUAGGAAUUUUGCUGUUACUUUCUUGGGGAAAAAAAGGAUUUAAAGUCUUUGGGUCCACAUCUGAGUUGAUUUUGCAUGCUGAAUCAAGAGCACUUCCAACAAGCUUCAGAUACGUAGGCAGUUAUCCGUAGUACAAGUGAUGCUACUCAGACGUUUUGAUUCUUUUUCUUAAAACAUUUGUGCAAUUAGCAAUGUGCAUAUUAGCAUCUUUAAAUCUAUGAAGAAAAUAACUUUAAAUAUUUUUUAAAAGCAUGUGCUUUCACUUGAAACGUGAAAGAAGACUACUGAAAGAAUGUAGUUUGCUAAGCACUGGCUCCUGAGUUUGUUAAUGCACUAAACUGGCAUUCAACAGAGUAACUUCUUCUAAGUAAUAAUUUCUUCUCGAAUUAUUUGAAUAAUUCAGGAGAUGAACAGUUUGUUUUUGGUCGCUGGGUUUUAGAAAGAAGAAAUCUCGUCCUGCUGCACUUUUAAAAUUCAGUAUUUGUAUGGGAAAAAAAAUCUUGUUGCUUUUCCAUUUCCAACUGAAUGAUCGGCUCAAAUAAGGAUCUAAAUCAUCUCGUAACGUUUUUCUAAAGUAAAAACUAAGAACAUGAAAAACCGUGAACGUGAGGAAUGGUGCACAAAGUCGUUAACUAUGUUCAGAAUUCUGAUUGGUGAAAGUCUUUGUUAAAAUUACAUUGUGUUGCACAUCACCCUGAUACAGGGAGAAAACAAUUUUUCUUCUGAAAGAAAGAAAGAAGAGGGAAAAGGACAAAUGGAAAACAAGAUUAAAUGACAUCAGUUAAACCCAGGUUUCCUGCUUGUUUUUAGGUCAAUCCCUCCCAUUCUAUCACUGUUGUGGGAUGCUCAGGACAACAGACAUUCCUCACGGGAAGCAGCUCGGCUCCAAAGUGGGAAAUCAAAGCUGUGAGCAAAUUUGUAGAGUUUUCAAACUAUUAGCUAUUGCCAAAAAAAAGCAUCAAAGCACUACUUGCUACUGAACGGGAAUUUUGGUGUUUCAAAGGAAUCACUUUUUAAUCCAGAUCAUUGCUGUAUUUACAAACAGAUUUCUGUCGGUCUACUUGCUUGUCUCUUAGGGCUAUGUAUGUCCACACCUCAGAGCAGGGCACACUAAUACUCAGAUGGCCACAACCGAACUGGAAUCUCUCGCAAUUCCCAGUUACGUUACACAUUUUUUGAAGAAACAGCAAUCUUUGACUGAAAAACUACUGAAAACCAUCUCAAAAUAAGGCAACAAGAAAAAGAAACAGCUUUAUUUGGGAAACACCACUGAGUUCCCAUCAAUCCAUAAGAUGCGUGCUUAGUUGCCCUCCUGUAGCUUUGUCAGAUCGCAUUUCUGUUGAAGGCAGGCGGUGAUUAAACUACAUAGCAAAGAGACUUCCUUUGAUCUAUGUAAAUGAAUGUAUAUGUAUAAACUAUGCAUUUUCAUCCAGCUGCAAACUGUAUCUCUAAGCAGUUAAAUCUAGCCUUUUCCUCAAUGUUAGCAACUCCCAAACUCCAGGAAAAGAAGGUGCUCCUCAUCUUUUUUAGCAUAUAAUUCUCUCCUGUCUUGCUUCUGUGCUUUACAAAGGCAAGAUGUGUCAGGGGAGAGCUGUGAGGCCCAAGGAGCACCAAGCAGGGCCAUGGCUGAAGCUGGAACCUGUGACCGAGACCAGGCUGGGCCCAGCAUGGUUGAGCAGAGGGCUGUGGCUGCUGCUCCAGCUCCAGCACGUCUUCCACAGUCGGGCAGCGGAGCGGGAUCAGCAGCUGCUGCCUCACACAGGGUCAGUGGGAGUCUGCAGCAGUGCUGGAAGAAGCUAUGCCUAGGAGGAGGCCACUGCAGACUGGGUUUACAGCCCUCGCUGUCCCCCUGUGAGAGCUUUUCUGGCCACCACAGCCCCAGGUCUGUCCUUACCUGUCCAUGUCACACAGCACCCAGGAGCCUCCUCUGACUGCAGGUGUAUGGCAGCGCUUGCAGUGGGCAGUUCUUCACUGUGAGCACUGCUGUGGCUUCAGGAGAGGAAGGGUCAGGCCCUGGUCUGAGUGUAUCCCUGCUAGAAGGAAUUAGGAGAAGUUGAAAACGGAGUCUUGUUCCUAAUAAAAUGAAGGAAAAAGGUGCUGCAUGCAAUGUUAUUACUUCCAUUUCAGGUUGUUGCUGUAAUAGUCAUCAGCCCGGUCUGGUCAGUGAAUUAAGUGUGUUUCUUAUGGCUUAUCUUGCAGGAAGAAAGACCAAAAAAUAAAAUAAAUAAAUAAAAAAUAAAAUCCUUCUCUCAUAUGCAACCUAUUCAAGUAUUUGAUACUAGUAUGGCAGCAGUGGUAUUUUUAUCUAUCCAGAGAUGUGCAUUCAUUUAGGUUAUGCUCGAUUGAGAAAUAUUUUUGCAGUACGUAUUUGUAUUUGAUGGGCUGCGGCCCUUCAUUUUAUAUUCUUUACAAGAAUUAGCACGGAAAUGAUGCUUCCCCAUUUAUUGAGCUACCUGACCAUCCCAGCUGUCUGCAUACGAAGUAUUUCCAGAACUUUGGAGGAUUUGGGAUUUUGGUUUGGUUUAAACACUGUCCUUCUUUAAAAAAACAAAACAAAACAAAAAAUAAUAAAAAAAAAAAUUAAAAAAAAAAAAAAAAAAAAAAGCAGUGCUCAAUAGAAAAGCAUAUUCCUUACCAGGGCUCCUGCAACGUGAUGCAGAGAACCCAGUGACACGAUGCAAAUGCUUGAGGCCAGGUCUCCGCGGGUUCUCAGCAGCCACAGCUCCCAUGGCUGCAGCACGUCCACCAGCAGAGGAGCUGCCCCCAGGAGGGGCACGUGGAGCUGCGGGGUGCUCAGCGUGCUGCGGGGGCUCUGUGGAGCUGGCACAUCCUCCUGCCAGGACGUGGCCUGUAACAGCAACAGAAGGACACUGCUGCAUCUCUCUGCAACCCGGGAUGUCCUGCAGGUCUGCUGCGGCUCCAGCUGCAGUCCCUCAGCUCAGAACUCUGAGCGCAGCACUCGGGCUUUGGCAUCACUUAUGAUCACAAAGGUAACUUUUUAAAUGAGAAAGAGCUUCCAACUCUGGCACUAAUGGAAAUACUGAAUACUUUUAACAUAUAUAUAUAUACAUAAUAUAUAUAUUUGGAAAGUAUUUGAAAAGAAAAAAAAAAAGUGUGGUUUUUUUUUAUACAACUUUUAGCCAAAUAGAAGCAUUCUGAUUAUUACUUCUGUGGACAGCUGUCCACCUGUAAAUAAGUUCCUAUGUUCAGGUACCUGAACUUGGAGAAAAAAAUAAUAAAGACUGUUCAGUGGCUAUGCGCUUUGCUAGCUCUUGCUUCCUUUGUACAUAAGAGGUAACUGUUUAAAUGUUGGGUGGGGUUCUUUUUUAAUUUAACUGCUGUUCCUCUAAAGAAAGAAGAAGAAAAAAAAUCUUUUGACUUUGUUUUCUCUUUUCUGAGUCAAUACAAAGAUUUUGUAACUUUUUACUGCAGAAAUGGAUAAAUCCGUGGUGCUAUGUGAAUCUGAGAGUCAAACUGGCCAUAGCAGACACACAAGUUAGGUUGCACUUUUCCUGUGGCACACGAUGUAUUUUCUCAGAAUGGACUUUCAAAGGACCAUCAGAUGUUUACAUUUCUUCUUGUUGCCCCAAAUCGUUUUGGAUAUAGAAAUAACCUCCAAAAAUAGAGAAAGACGCGAUGCGUUACCGAUGUGAUGAAUCCUUACACCUAGGUAUCUACAACAGUUUGUACAAAUACCAUUUUAGAGAUAGUUGAAAUAUUGGGCUUUCAUACUUUGUAAUGCUUGGAUGUGACAAUAAAUAUGCUGUUGCUAUCUAUCUAGUCUAACCUCAUUGUAGGCCUGUAAUUUCCUGUUUAUGGUUAUGUCAUGAAUUGCACUGGCUUGACUUCAGCCAAAUACUGACUGUUCAGCUGAAAUAUUCCGACUGUUAUGAUGUCCACAGAACAUUAAUUAAAUGCACUUGUAACCGA